CGUGCGGCAAGAACCUGCCACAACUUCGGACCCUGUGUAGGAGCAGCAACGCGUUAUCCUCAUCGCCAACUGAAUGAUGGACUGGCGGCAGGCAAAGCUGAGAAUGUGCUAAUACGAGAAAGAGGCCCCUGGUCCAAGUGUGCCCGUCUCCGUGUCCUUUGCGAGGGACGAGUGCGUGCGUGCGUGCGGUGUGUAAAUGUGCGAGACAGUGUCCUGCGGCGGACCAGCAGCUUGGUUGCUCCUCCUGCCAAGUGUUUAACAAGGCCUCAAAGAAUUACUUUGGGCAUGCGGCUGCUGCAGCCACAACUGUUGCAUGCAACAUGGAUGGCGAAAAUCGGAUUAUACUCAAUGUGGGCGGCAUAAGAUAUGAAACCUACAAGGCAACGCUCAAGAAAAUCCCCGCAACACGCCUCUCCCGACUGACCGAAGCGCUGGCCAACUACGAUCCGGUGCUCAAUGAAUACUUCUUCGAUCGCCAUCCCGGUGUGUUCACCCAAAUCCUCAACUAUUACAGAACUGGAAAGCUGCACUAUCCAACCGAUGUGUGUGGCCCUUUAUUCGAGGAGGAGCUGGAGUUUUGGGGCCUCGACUCGAAUCAGGUAGAGCCCUGCUGCUGGUCCACCUACAGCAUACAUCGCGAUACGCAAAACACCUUAGCCAUAUUAGAUAAGCUAGAUAUUGAAAAUGAAAAGCCCACGGAGGAGCAGAUAGCCCGUCUAUUUGGCUUUGAGGAGGCAUUGAGCAACGGCGAGCUUAACUGCUGGCAACGGCUGAAACCCAAGAUCUGGGCCAUGUUCGAUGAGCCCUCAAGUUCCACAGGGGCGAAGAUCGUUGCUGGCAUGUCGGUUUUCUUUAUAUUUGUUUCUGUGAUAUCAUUCUGUCUGAAGACCCAUCCCGGCUUCCGUGUCGAUCUGCCCGUCACUCACAAUGGACACAGUGGUGGUCCUGGUGGUGGCCCUGGUGGCGGCGGCACCCAUCCGCAUGGCCAUGACCCACUGGGCGAACCGCCGCCACAGACGACGCAUCAGUAUCAUCAGCAUAGCAUUACGCCGCCCAGCGGCAGCAUUGGGCCCACCUUUCGUGUCACGAACUACACCAGCUACAGCAGCGGCAACUUCACGGCCGCCCAGGCCACGCCCAUAGCCAGCAUCAAGGGCGGCCAGCGGCAGCGCCUGAAACGAGACCUCAACGGGAGUGCCAUAAAUGAGUUUAUCGGGGAUCAGCUGCUGGGCAACAAUGGCCGAAGGCAGCACGGUUGGGUCGAGACCUACGGCCAGCCCCAUGAGGCCUUCUUCUACGUGGAAUUGGUGUGCAAUGUGUGGUUCUUCAUUGAGGUGCUCAUUCGAUUGAUUGUGUCGCCGAAUCUGUGGCAGUUCAUCAAAUCGCCAGUGAACAUCAUUGACUUUACGGCCACGCUGAGUUUCUACACGGACGUGAUGCAGCGCAUGGGCGAGUACACGGGCCUCCUGGAGGCCUUCUCCAUCGUGCGGAUAAUGCGAUUGUUCAAACUGACGCGCCACUCGCCCGGAUUGCGCAUUCUCAUCCACACGUUCAAGGCCUCCGCCAAGGAGCUAACGCUGCUCGUCUUCUUCCUCGUCCUGGGCAUCGUGUUCUUUGCCAGUCUCGCGUACUAUGCCGAGAAGCUGCAGGACAACCCGGACAACCAGUUCAAGAGCAUCCCAUUGGGCCUGUGGUGGGCGAUUGUGACCAUGACCACCGUCGGCUAUGGCGAUGUGGCGCCCAAAACCUAUCCGGGAAUGUUUGUGGGCGCCCUGUGCGCCCUCGCUGGUGUCCUGACCAUCGCCCUGCCCGUACCUGUUAUCGUUAGCAACUUCUCCAUGUUCUAUUCCCACACACAGGCCCGCUCCAAGCUGCCCAAGAAGCGGCGUCGUGUCCUGCCCGUGGAGCAGCCGCGUCGCAAGCGGGAGCCAACAGCCCCGCAUCGCGGACGGACGAACGCCAUUAAGCAAACGCCGCCCACUGUGCCGGGAAUGAUGGGUGGCGGAGGUCCCCCGCCUGGCGGUGGGUUAGGAGGCAUGGGCCAUGCUGCGGGCCACCCAGCGGCGGCAGCGCCCAUGUUCAAGGAUGCAUUCGGUGGUGCUAAAAUUGCGGACUAUUUGAGCGUUCCGGCGGUGCAGAGCCUGCAGCCCAGAGCGGCGACGACUGGCCACGACUUUAUGCUGCCGCUCCAGCCGAAACUUCUGGGGCCCCUCGAGCGCAAGGAUCAGCAUCCACUACAGCUCACUGCCCACAAUCUGGUCUCGGACACCCACCAGCUGAUGUACACCGGCCACGCCCAUCAGCAUGCCCAGAAGACGGGUGCCACCGUGCUGAGUGUCCCGCCCACGCUGAGCAUGACCCACAGCCAGAUGCCGCCCGGAAUGGCCAGCAUGGGCCAGCGCACACCGAAUCUCAGCUACAGGGCCUCCCAUGCGCCGCCAGGAGCGCCCCCGUCGAUGACGAUUCAACAGCCGAUUCCCCAUCCCCACCAGCCGCUGCCAAUGUCCGGCUGUCACGCCUCGACCAACUGCAACAUCAAGAUAUCCGUGGCCACUGAGCCUGGUGGCUGCCUCGAGGAUCUGCGAGCGCCCAAGGUCACGCUGCUGGACGAUCUCAGCGACGAUGUGAACUCCUCCACCGACGACUGUGGCGACUGUUGUCUGGUGGAAGACAGCGACACGUACGAGGCGGCUGCCAAUAACGGACUGUGCGGCAAACGGAACAGCGAUUCGGUGGGCAUCAUCGAUGGCCUGGAGGACGAUGGUGAGGACAGCGGCGGCGUCGGUGGUGACAGCGGCGAUAGCAUGGGCGGGAUCUACAUGGGACCCACACAUUGAUGGCCAACGAUUCGAUGGGAUUUUCCUCAGUAAAACUAGUGCUCAAAGCUGCUCAAACUAUGCUCAAAAAGCUGCAGAAAAAAAAUAAUAGUGAGUGUUGUAAAAUGUAUGAAAAUAAGUACGAGAAUGUGUAGUGCCAGUGUUGCUAAACGAGGACACAGUGAGGUCAAAAACUGUUCUGUAACUGAAGGAUAUCUUGAGCUUCUGUGCUGCAACCUUAGCUGAAUUUGUGUGCAAAUGAUUUGGCUUAUAAGUGACUAAAAAUGCUGCUCAAACUAUAAGUUUUAUGUACAAUUUUCGGCCAAGAACUGACAGUGCUGUAAAACGUUAACAGAUGUUAGUUGAAUGAGUGUGUGCAGCUGUACCAGAAUAUAAGUGAGAGCCUCUUAAUGUUCUUUAAGCUGACGAAGUACUUAACUUUUAAUUCUAAGGAAUAACACUGCCUCACCCUACCACACAGCUUUCAGAACAUCUUUCCGAAAGAGAAACUGCUGUAGUUUUGUGUAAGCGUACGAGUAGGCCCCACAUUUACACCCGACCCGUCUCAUUUAUCAAGAAUUUUAAUCAAUCUUUGCUUUUACAACUCCGGGGAUAUCGCCCCGUUUGGUCUACGUCC